CUCGGUUAGUCGCUUGAACCCGGGCUUUGAGCUCUUGUCUUGUGCAUCCGGCCGCGUAAAUAAGCCACAUAAGAGACGAGGCUGAGCGAGAAAGUCGCGAGUACAUAUGCAUUUCAGACCGACCAUACGCCUGAGUGACUGGUAGAGACGGACAUUUUUUUUUUUUAUACAGUGUAAGACCUCCUGUCUCGUCAUUCGUCUCCCUGCUCAGCAUCGCCGCGCUCUCUCCCUCUCUCUCCCUCUCUCCUCUUGUGUGUGUGUGUGUGUGUGUGUGUGUCUCAUACAGUUUUCCAGGAGGACUAGUCCCUGUCACACUCCCUCCACACACACACACGGAGACACACUCCCCAGCGCAGACAGCUGCAGCACCGACCAACAUCCAUGGCUGUGCGGGACACUGCCUCUCUGCUCGUCGGACUCCUGGUCCUCUUUCACACCUGGGGAGCAUGGGCCACUGUGGUGGUGAACAUGGAGGACAGAGUGGAGGUGUUCAGGGGAGCUACAGCUCAGAUCACCUGCAUGUUCACAUCGGCUGACGGCAUCGGCGGCAUGACCAUAAAGUGGUUCUAUAUGUCACGGUUGGGUGAGAGGCAGAAAAUCUACACCCAGGACACCACCAUGAAGGUUGUAGAUCGAGGCACACCGUUCACAGACCGGAUCAGUGUGAAUGGUACCGGAGCUACCGGAGAGGUGGUGUUGACUAUCUACGAUGUGCGGCUGGAGGACGAGCUGGAAUUUAUCUGUUCCAUCAAAAGUCUAACAGAUGGGAGUGGGGAGGGACGUACAAAGCUGAAAGUGUUCGAAACACCAAACCCUCCUACCAUUGAGGUUGUUCAAACAGGUUUCUCCAUCAAUGAACAAAGCCCGGCCAAGAUUGGUGUCUGCGAGGUCAAAAAUGGCUUUCCCAAGCCGAACAUCACUUGGUACAGAAACAACAUGCCACUGCGCGGUGCUCAGGAUGUGGUGAGAGUGCGGCCUAGCACCACUACUGAAUCCAGUGGUCUGUUCUCAGUUAGGAGUGAGCUGAGCAAAAAGGUAAUGAAGGAGGACGAGGAUGCUCAGUUCUACUGUGAGGUCAACUACUUUGUUCCUGGAGGAAUCAGGAUGACAGAGACCAACCGUAUUAACAUCACUGUGUACUACCCCUCCACAGCCUUAAGUAUGUGGGUGGAAUCACCAAAGGGCAAAAUCAAGGAAGGGGACUCGGUCGAGAUUCACUGCCUUGGCAACGGGAAUUCUCCAUCCUCAAUCAUCAAUAUCAUGCACAGGGGUGUCGAGUACUCUUUGGAGGCCAAUAAGUUGUUGCUGAAUAAUGUGACCCGUCUAAACAGUGGAGCUUACCAUUGCACCAUCGUUGACAUGGAAACCUUUGACGAAAUCUCGGGAAAUACCACAGUGUUUGUCAAUUAUCUCGAUCCUGCUGUGGUGAAUCCUGAAGACAGUAUUAUAGUGGCCCAAGGAGAGGAGCUGACGGCCACUUGUAAUGCCCUCUCCUCUCCAGACACGCAAUCUUGGUUCAAGAAUGGAGAGGAAGUAUCAAAGAGUCACACUUUGAGCCUGAAAGAUACUACUUUCGACACAGCGGGGAUGUAUGUGUGUGUGGUGACUGUUCCUGAGAUUGAGGAAAUGGAGACCAGUGGCACACUUCAUGUUAAUGUCAAGGGCCCACCAGAGAUCAUGAAGCCGGACAACACGGAGAUAGAAGAGAGUUUUGAGAACACCGUCGACUUGAGCUGCCAUGUCAGAGGUUUUCCUGCUCCCAGCAUUACCUGGAGCACCUCUGAUGGAAAGGUCCUCAAGACAACUUCCCAAAAAGAGACAGUGGAAGGCGUUCAGAGUGUGGUCAGCAUCAAGGUCACCUCUGACAUCACUGCUUUCUGCAACGCCUCCAACGAGUACGGCAUUGACUCGGUGACCUUCAGCAUCAAAGCCACUAUACACACCACCACACAAGCCACCACCACCACACAAGCCACCACCACCACCACCACCACCACUACUACUAGCACUGCCAUUUUCUCCACCACAGGAACACCUCUCACAGAACAGAAAAUGGAGAAAGAGAGCAGUGGUGCUAUCAUUGCGGUCAUCAUUAUCUGCAUCCUGCUGCUGGCAAUCUUGGGGAGUGUGCUCUACUUCCUCUACAAAAAGGGCAAGAUCUGUGGCCGAUCUGGCAAGCAAGACCUCACCAAAGAGAAGUCCAACAAAGAUAACAUCGUGGUGGAGAUGAAGAGCGAUAACACAGAGGAAGCAAUACUCCUCGGGGUCAAUGGAGAAAAACAACCUCCCAGCGACCAGGGUGGUGAGUAACUGCACGUGCAGAAGUGAGGAGGGGACUUCAGACACAUCUACAGCUGCUCCUGUUCUUCCCGCUCAGGCUCAGACCUGCCAAUGCCUUCAAGCUUCCACCAGAGCUCCUUAUUCAGUAAAUAUGCUGAUGGACGACUGACAUAAAUCUGCUAAUAAAUCUUCCACCUUCAAGCCAAGGACUGACCUUAAACUGUAGGUCUCAUUUCCAUGAGCCUCAAAACUUGCUGAUGUUCUGUAGAACAAUAAUUAUAGCACGAAGUUGACCAGGGAAUAUUUUUAUACCUGACUAAGCAUCACCUCAGGCAAAGCAAUCACUGAAAAGAAGCCUGAAACAGCUCUUUAUUAAGUGUAUAUAUUAUAAUCAGUGUAUAUAUUUCUUUAUUUAAAAUAACACGAUAGAAAAAAAACAACAACCAAAAAUAAAUGACCAGAUAGUGUUUUAUUUUGUUCCUGUGCUCUUUAUAGAGGUAGUUUUAGCCAUCUUGGGUUUUUUUUUGGUUUUUUUCUAUGUUUUCUGUUUUGCUUAAGUCUGUACACUGAAAUUUUGGGGAUGCAACGAUGCUUCCCCCUACAGCCAGUUCCAGCCUUGCCCAAAAAUGUUGCCUUUCGGCUCUGAAGACAAACUUUUAGGUCAUUUAAUCACAUAUCAUUCACAUUUGUUGUUGUUUUUUUUUUCCUCUACAGUUAACACCCCUGUCUUUACACUCCCCAGUUUGUGUAUAUUAAAGAAAAUAUUUUUGCAAGACGGGUGAAUUAAUCUGUUCAGGAUUUGAUAUAGAAGGGUUAACAUUAUUUUUAAUUGUCAUUACUUUAUUGUUUCUUUCCCUCACAGUGUAGUUUUGAUAUCUUAUGUGUGCAUUUGAGUUCAAGCUUUGCCAACAGUCAAGUUAAAAAAAAGUUGCAGAUGCCUUAAGAAUUACAUACUUGUAGAAACUCCACAUUUUGUACUUUGUUAUGGUUCUAUUUAAUGUUCAGUGCACUGAUUUCUCUGUCGUUAUUCUUCAUGGAGUUGUGUUGUUGUGUUUUUCUAAUGUGAAACCGGGGUUUUGUUUAAUGUGACUGUAUGCGAAUGAAAAGUGUUUCUGUAGCGAUUUUUAUUUCUUUUUCCAAGAGGAAGGAUGAGGGUAGAACAGAUUAUAUGUCCAUGGUAAAUAUGGUUCACAGUAUGAAGUCGACCUCCUUAGAAAGAAAAGACACAUUUCUGUGUAACGAAUCACGUGAUUCAUGUGUUGACUGAAACUUGAAAUAAUCACAGAAUCCCCCUCGUGAUGACGUGGUGCCUCAAAUUGACACCCACGCCACUUGAAAUGGAAUUUCCUGUUGACAUACUAGUCACGUUGUAACAUAUAUGACUACUGAGGAAGGUGAGUGACUGUGACUCCACAUAUGCAAAUUAAGACAAUCAACAACCAAGAUGCUCCAUGCACCUGUCAUACUUCCUAUCCUCUGUUUUCUGUUUCUGCUGUUUUCAAGAACUACCACUGUUAAAUUGUUUUGGAUGUUUGAAAUCAGUAAAAUGCCUUUUAAUGCCCAGGAGUUGUACAAUUAAUGUCAUUGAUGGCCUUCAACCCAAUUUACCAACACAUUCAGUGUUUGUAGAUUUUGAAAAUUAUACCAAAUAAAGAUUGACUGUUAAGUAAGACAAUGUGUGAGACGAUGAGCUUCACAAUAGAUCUCUGUACUAAAACAACUUUGUGCAAAAAAAAAAUUCGGACUGACCUUUUUUUUUCUUUUGCCUGCCAGUGUGUAACAAAAUAAAUAUCAGAUUUAAUUUAA